AUGUACAGUGCCGCAGGUGAACACCUCCAACAACAGCACUUCCCCUGGAGAAGGGCCUCAGGACUUCAUGUGGCGACAACAAUGCUGCACUCCCAGUCACCCAACUUAUCACCGAGGGGAAAACUGGUGGAGCAGCGCUUUAUCAACUCCCUCACCAUCCCCACAUACUUCAACAACUCUCAGAGACAAGCUGCCAAGGAUGCAGCUACCAUCACCUAUGGUCUUAACACAAAAGCCAUUGCAAGGAGCUCCAUGCCACCGUCUUUUCGUGUCUGCUUUCAUCACCCAGGGUUCUCCCAGUCACCGUCUUUUCGUGUCUGCUUUCAUGACCUAGGGAUUUCCCAGUCACUGUCUUUUCGUGGAUUUCCCAGUCACCGUCUUUUUGUGUCUGCUUUCAUCACCCAGGAAUCUCCAGGCCACCGUCUUUUCGAUUCUCCCAGUCACCGUCUUUCCGUGUCUGCUUUCAUCACCCAGGGUUCUCCAGCUCACCGUCUUUUUGUGUCUGCUUUCAUCACCCAGGAAUCUCCAGGCCACCAUCUUUUUGUGUCUGCUUUCAUCUCCCAGGGUUUUCCCAGUCACUGGUUCUCCAGGCCACCGUCUUUUCAUGUCUGCUUUCAUGUCUUCAGUGGUCAGAAUGGGAAUCCCAGGCUAUGGGAGCGAGUUGCUUCGGCUGCCGACAACAGAACACUGAAACAACUUGCAGUGUUUAAGUUGAAGACUGAAGAGAUUGACGGUGAACGGAAGGUCAAAUUGUUCAAGAUUGGAAUUGAUGCUAGUGCUUGGAUGCACAGCGUGUGUGCUGUCUUUCAGUUCAACCACGCAGGAGCUGGAAAGUCGCCAGAGCUGCGAACACUGUUCUUUCAGCUGGGCACACUGCUCAAGCUACCCCUGCACGUGGUCUUUGUGUUCAAUGGCUUGAAACACCUCCCAGAAAAGGGCCGCAUGGUCCGAAACAGCCCCCACUGGCUCACUUGCGACUUCCAGCGCAUGCUGGAGCUGUUCGGCUUUCAGUGGAUUGAGGCCCCUGGUGAAGCUGAAGCCAAGCUGGCCGCAAUGAAUGCCCAUGGUGUCAUUGAUGCUGCGAUGACCGAAGAUAGCGACAUAUUGAUCUUUGGAGCUCCAUGCAUCAUCAGGAGCACAAAAAAGGACAAAGACUACCUUAAUGUCGAGGUGGAGAUUAUGAUGAAGGAGUGUCUGGUUUGCGGCAUCAAGAUCGCACACAAGGUCGUGCAGCACAGCAAAAUCGGACAGGAGAUGCUGCAUGCGUUCCUCUCACUGGCACCAGAGCUGUUCUCUGAGCAGGCCAAGGAACUUGUCAUGGAUUUACGCUCUAUGCUUGCAACUGACCCUUACCAUUUCCUUGGACGCCGGUACAAGGCUGUUGCAGAUUCUAUCCCACUCGAGUUUCCCUGA